GGUGAUCAUGCGUGACGUGUAUAAAACCCCACACUCCUCUGGCUCAGCUGUGAGCUCCACCGGGGUGUAGCUGCAGCUGCAGUGUCGCACGCACGCACAUGGCGGCCCUCGCCCUGCUCCCUCUCGUGCUCCGCCUCUUCGCCGUGCAAGCAGGCGGCAGAGUCGACGGACGCUUCACGGCGUGCCUGGCCGCCGCCGGCGUGGGCAACGUGACGACGCGGCAGUCCCCCGGGUACGCCGCGGCGCUGCUCGUCUCCGUGCAGAACCUGCGGUUCGCGGGCGCGGGCGCGCCCAAGCCCGCGGCCGUGGUGGUCCCGGCGUCGCUGCAGGAGCUUUGCGACGCGGUGCGGUGCGCGCGGGGGGCGGGGCUGGCGCUGCGGCUCCGCAGCGGCGGGCACAGCUACGAGGGGCAGUCCUACACGACCUCGGACGGCGGCGGCGCGUUCGCCGUGGUGGACCUAGCGGCGCUGGACCGCGUGCGCGUGGACGCGGCGCGGCGCACGGCGUGGGUGCAGGCCGGCGCGACGCUGGGGCAGGCGUACCGCGCCGUGGCGGCGGCCAGCCCGGCGCUGGCAUUAUCGGCGGGGUCGUGCCCGACGGUCGGCUCGGGCGGGCACAUCGCCGGCGGGGGGUUCGGGCUGCUGUCGCGCAAGCACGGCCUGGCGGGGGACAACGUGGUGGACGCCGUGCUGGUGGACGCGCGCGGCCGCGUCCUCGACCGCGCCGCCAUGGGGGAGGACGUGUUCUGGGCCAUCCGCGGCGGCGGCGGCGGCGCCUGGGGCGCCGUGUACGCCUGGCGCGUCCGCCUCAGCCCGGUCCCCGAGCGCGUCACCGCGUUCGUCGUCAACCGCCCAGGCCCCGCCCGCUCCGUCGCCUCGCUGGUGUCCACGUGGCAGCACGUCGCGCCGUGGCUGCCCGACGAGUUCUACGUCUCCGCGUUCGUCGGCGCCGGGCUGCCGGAGGCGGACCCGGGCCGCCGGGCCGCCGGCGUCUCCGUCACGUUCAAGGGGCUGUACCUCGGGCCGGCGCACGAGGCGAUGCAGAUCCUGGCGGCCCGGUUCCCGGAGAUCGGGCUGUCCGACCUGGCCCCGAGGGAGAUGAGCUGGAUCGAGUCCGUGGUGUUCUUCUCCGGCCUGCCCGAGGGGAGCGCCGUGUCGGACCUCGCGGACCGGGUGCUGCACACCAAGACCUACUUCAAGGCAAAGUCGGACUACGUGCGGCGUCCGACGCCGCUAGACCACCUGGUCAAAGCCGUCGGCCUGCUGUCCGAGCAGCCCAAGGCGUACGUCAUCCUGGACCCGUACGGCGGCGCCAUGGACCGGGUCGGGUCCGCCGUCCUCCCCUUCCCGCACCGCAAGGGCAACAUCCACGGCAUCCAGUACAUGGUCGAGUGGACGGCCGGCGACGACGAGCGCAGGGAGGAGUACAUGGGCUGGCUGCGCCGGUUCUACGACUUCAUGGGAGCGUACGUGGCGACGGAGCCACGGGCCGCGUACGUAAACUACAUGGACCUCGAUCUCGGAACGAACGACUGGUCCGACGCCGACGAGAGGAGCCCCAACCCACAGGUGGAGGCGGCGCGGGCGUGGGGCGAGCGGUACUUCCUGGGCAACUACGACCGGCUGGUUCGAGCCAAGACGUUGAUCGACCCGGACAACGUGUUCCGCAACGCGCAGAGUAUCCCGCCACUUGGAGGCGGCGCCCAUGGCAUGACGUGGAGCACGCGUGGCAUCUCGCCCAAGGCCACAUCCAAUGGAAGCACGUAUGAUAUAUAGCUAGCUAGUAGCUAGAGCACACGUACGUCACACGCAUAGUAUGAGUAUGAGCAUACACUUCGCGUCAGAUAUAUUACACAUGCAUUGCACUUGCACACAAAUAUAUGUGGGUGGCGGUGUUCUUUUGGCGCGCGCGUUGCUUUCACGCGGUGCCGUCCGUUGCAUUUAGUUUGGACGAUUGAAUCAUAUCAUACGUAGCUAGCAGACAACGAGAGAGAGAGACAAUAUUGUUUGAUGAAGUGACCAAGGUCGCGUCCAUCAAUCUCUUGAUCAGAACGAAGGUGUGAUUUUGUACUGGUGCAAGAUUGAUUAGUACCAGCAUAUUCCUUCUAUAUCUGCUUUUUCUGAUGCUGCGAAUUAACA